GGUUAUCGCUAGUGGCGCCAAAGAUUUGAAAAACCGGUAAUUCAACCAUGUCCUCAACCACCCUCUUCACCAUUCCACCAUCGCCCGCGACCGGUUCUCCUCCCACUACCUCCACCACUCAUCAUCUUAUUUCUACAAACAGACUCGCAGUAUUGAUAGACAAAUCCAAGACCAUCAGCCACCUUCUCCAAAUCCACGCAGUUCUUUUCCGCCACGGUCUCGACCACCACCCCAUCUUAAAUUUCAAGCUCCAGCGUUCCUAUGCUUCUCUCGGCCGCCUCGACUACUCCGUUGCUCUCUUCGGCCGUACCCAAAACCCCAGUGUCUUCUUCUGGACCGCCAUUAUUCAUGGCCACGCGCUGCGUGGUCUCCAUGAGCAAGCGCUUAAUUUCUAUGCUCAGAUGCUAACCCAAGGCGUUGAACCCAAUGCCUUCACCUUUUCCUCUAUCCUGAAAUUAUGCCCGAUCGAGCCCGGAAAAGCGUUGCAUUCCCAAGCGGUCAAGUUGGGGUUCGAUUCGGAUUUGUAUGUGAGAACUGGUCUGUUGGAUGUUUACGCGAGAGGCGGGGAUGUGGUGUCCGCACAACAACUGUUUGAUACUAUGCCUGAAAAGAGUUUGGUUUCUUUGACUGCUAUGCUUACUUGCUAUGCAAAGCAUGGUGAGCUUGAUGCGGCACGGGUGCUAUUUGAUGGAAUGGAGGAGAGGGAUGGCGUGUGUUGGAAUGUGAUGAUCGAUGGUUAUACUCAAAAUGGGAUGCCAAAUGAGGCAUUGGUGCUAUUCAGACGAAUGUUGAAGGCAAAAGCGAAGCCUAAUGAAGUGACAGUGCUGUCUGUGCUCUCUGCAUGUGGGCAGCUUGGGGCACUGGAAUCUGGCAGAUGGGUCCAUUCUUACAUUGAGAACAAUGGUAUUCGGUUCAAUGUUCAUGUCGGGACGGCUUUGGUUGAUAUGUACAGUAAAUGUGGUAGUCUGGAAGAUGCUCGCGUGGUUUUUGAUAAGAUUGAUGACAAAGAUGUUGUUGCUUGGAAUUCAAUGAUUGUGGGAUACGCAAUGCACGGAUUCAGCCAAGAAGCUUUGCAGCUUUUCAAAUCAAUGUGUAGGAUGGGUUUGCACCCUACUAAUAUAACUUUCAUUGGCAUUUUGAGUGCCUGUGCCCAUUCAGGAUGGGUAACAGAAGGAUGGAACAUUUUUAACAAAAUGAAAGAUGAAUAUGGGAUUGAACCAAAGAUUGAACAUUAUGGAUGUAUGGUAAAUCUACUCGGCCGUGCUGGGCAUGUGGAACAGGCAUAUGAGCUUGUCAAGAACAUGAACAUUGAGCCAGAUCCUGUCUUAUGGGGAACUUUGCUUGGGGCCUGCAGGCUCCAUGUUGGAAACUGGGAUGGGGUUGCAAGGUUGAGGACCAUGAUGAAAGACGGUGGGGUAAAGAAGGAGCCAGGCUGUAGCUCCAUUGAAUUGAAUAAUAAGGUACAUGAGUUCCUUGCUGGAGGGUUGAAUCACCCAAAGAGAAAAGAAAUCUACAUGAUGUUGGAGGAGAUAAAUGGGUGGCUCAAGUCUCAUGGGUACACCCCUCAGACUGAUAUCGUAUUGCAUGACAUUGGAGAGACAGAAAAAGAGAGAUCCCUUGAAGUUCAUAGUGAGAAGCUUGCUAUUGCUUUUGGGCUCAUCAAUACUCAACCAGGAACCACGAUCAAGAUAGUAAAGAACCUCCGAGUUUGUGCUGAUUGUCAUGAAGUGACCAAGUUGAUCUCAAAGAUCACAGGGCGUAAGAUUGUUGUGAGGGACCGAAACCGGUUCCACCACUUUGUGAACGGCUCAUGUUCUUGCGGGGACUAUUGGUGAACUUGAUUCCAUUUGAUAUGAGUUGUAAGAAACAGCUCCUGUUCAGAAGAAUGCCUCUGCCGGCAUUGUUAGGCAUUCUUCAACUGCUAGAGAUUUUAAUUCAUUAUAGUUAUCAUGUGUGCCACAACAUUUCCUGAAAUUCAAACCUAGUUAACUAGGUCUACAUGACGAAAAUCUGUUACAA